AUGGAAAAAGAGUUCAUCUGUGGAGCCUGUAACAUGGUGUUUCGCUCCACUGGGCUGCUUGAGAAACACAAAGCACUCUUCUGCAUUGGGAGUGAGGUACGACACUUUCAAGUGCGAAGGCACAGCUCUGAAAUUCUCAUAAGAGGCAACGCUGGAGAUGUGCACCCAAAACAGACAACAAUCCCUGAUCUUGUACAGCUGAGAGGUCAGCGCAGGAACAUCACCAACUGGAGGAGUUUUGAUACUGAUCCAAAGUCAGGAAAAGCAGAAGAGAGUGCUGCUCUGCAAAACCUCACUGAUGAGUUUCACAAGUUGAGAAUGUCAGUUGAAGAAAUGUUACCAAAUUGGUCAAAAAGGAGCACGAACACUGAGGCUUGUGGGCGUCAGCUGGGUCACACUGAGAGACUGAAGGAGAUGAGGGAAAUGGCGGCUCUCCACGAGCACCAACUUGCCCUGAUAAAUGCUCAAAACCAGCAGCUGGAGCAGCAGAGAGACGAGUUGGCCCUUCAGGUAAGCGUGCUGACUGAGCAGAGCAACAUAACUCAGCUGGAGAGUCUGCUGAUGGAGCUUAGAGAGCAGGAGGAGAGGAACAAGGAAACACUGCAACAACUAGCUGAACAACUCCACACAUUACAUGUAAAAGAGGUCUCUGUACCUGCUGAUCAGCCAGCUCCAUGCGAGAAUAAAAAGAUGCAUCAUGAUGACAACUAUGAGCUCAUUUCUUCUGUGGAUAGCCCUCUCUCUGCACAGAUAAAAGCUCUGCGGCGGACAUACAUGCAGUCAGGUGGGUCAGAUCCAGCCAUUGUGGCACAGAUGAUUAACCUGCAGAAAGAAGCCCAAAGUCUGGAGAGGAACCAGCCAGCAACAGCCGCCGAGGCCAGUAAGAAAGAGAAGGUGAAGCGUCAUCUGCGGGGUCCGAGCCGGGAACUGCUGGCUGUGGAGCAGGAGAACCAAAGACUGGAGGAGGAGAUCCUCAUGAUCCAGUUGGCCAAGAGGAAAUGGCAUAACUAUGAAGCAGUGAGGACUGAGCAUGAGCUGAUUCAGACUGAAACCCUCCAGCAGAUUGAUGCUCUACAAGCAGAGAUGGAAAGAAACAGAGAAAGACAACCUCCUCCACCUCCAGUUCCUCUCCAACCCAAGACCCACACGCAUGCGCCUUUCUCCCUGCUCGAGGUCAGAUCCUUCACCUCUCCAUCAGGAGGAUGCAUGCUGGACCCCCUGGACUCUCUAGGUCCAGCACCCUAUAACCCUGUAGCUGGUUUUGUGGUUUUUUAUGACCUGGUGCUGGGAGUUGACGCCUCUCAUAAGGCACUGCGCCUGGUGGCAGCUCUCUACUCCGAAGGCCAAGAAGUGGGACCACCAACUCCGCUGCCCCCCAUACAGUGCCUGCCAGGAGUGUCCCUUCCAUACACCCAUAGCCUGCAACCUGGAAACUAUGCCCUCCUGUCUGUCAAACAACCUGUACCCAGGAUCCAGCCAUCACUCUCCCUCUCUCUGGUGGUGGAGGUCCAGACAGCAACAGACCUGGAUCUUUCCAACCAGGAGAUCUUCAAACUGCUGUCCUGCGGCUGGACACGACUGGAGCUCUUUGACCAGCACAACCAGGUCUAA